AUGAAUGAACGAUCUUCAAAAGUAGCGUUGAUUGAGAAUCGCAUUAUCUUGGUCAAAGCGCUCUUCUUCUCCUACAAUCUUGGCUCGCUCAGACUUCCACCGCUACUUCGCCUCGAACAACGACGACUUUGGCUAGCUAGUCUCGCGCCUCGCAAAAUGGCGUCAGUUGUCGUGGUUGCUUCCGGAGCCGCUCUUGCCGUUACUGUUCCAUUCAUUGCACUCAAAGAGCUUCUUGAGAAAAGAACCAUGAGCAAUAUGAAGAAACACCUUGGCCGCAAAUCAGUUUGUCGUGUCAAUUUCGGAAAUAUUGAAGAUUCGUACGCAGCGGAGUACGUCAAGAGUCAAAAGAAUCAGAAACAGGCCGACGCCUAUUCAACUGAUGAUGAAGAUCGCGCCUCAACCACCAGCGCACCACCACAAUACGAGGAUCUAUUCAAUCCACCACCACCAUCCUACGAAAGUAAGGAUUUGUCGAAAUUCGAAUAG